GUAAAGCAGCCGCCUCACAGGGAUGAAGCAUAGUACGUUAUACGGAAGAUCCUCCUCGAAGUCGACAUUCAUCAUGAAGUUAAUCAGCAACUAAUUCUGUUAUUCACAGGAAAAAGACACUUUGUUUAAAAGAGUAUAUUCGAAAUUGACAUGCAAGCGACUUCGUCAUGAACAAUUUUAUUUUAUUGACUGAAUCUCUUGUCAUAUUUUCACGAUCUCAAAAAAAGAACAAAACGUACCUAUUUUGUAUAAACAUUUCUGGUUUAAUCUUGGCUAUGUCUAGUUCUUGCUUUGUGUGGGAAGAAACAUUGUGGAUAUGCCAUUUGAUGAAAACACUGAUAAAAAAAAAUGUGUAAGAAUGUUUCUCUUUCACUGAUGUGCUGCCGCGGCACGUCUUCAUAAUGUGAAUUCAUUUUCCUUUUUUAUAAUUAUAAUUUUUUGUUUAUUGUUUUGCUUUUUUUAUUUGAUUGUGGUAAUAAAAAGGGGGCCAAUAUAUACAGAGCCAAUAAACUGGAAAUAAUAUAAGAUAUAUGAUUUAUAAAUCAAAAAGAAAGAUAAGGAAGAAGGAACGGUGCGAGAAACCGCUAAAGGAGAUCUUAUCAUUCAGUUCGUUCUGCGGAAAUGAACUUUGUAACUUAUUGUAGGUAGAAGUUGUAACUUUGAUAUUGCAAAAAUUAUUCUCUUGCCUUCAAAAAGCACACUAACAGAGAUGAAGCGCUACAGUCUGUUGGUUAAAAAAGACAAAAGAAGAAAAAAAAAGAAAAGAAAAUAUUUCCACUGCUAAAGCUUCCUGUAAAUCGAGCGUGAUCUGCGAUGUUUUUCAAAUUUUUUGCUAGCACUGUAUACUAUUGCAUUCUUAGGCUACUGUGAAGUCUGUUUCUUGUACCAGAAAGUUGUCCUUAUACCUCUAGCUCCUUACUCCCUAAUGUGUUUUGUAUGUGGUUAUACAAUUGUAGACUUUUGUGAUUUUGCCAAAGUUGUAGCUAAAUAUUUAUACACUUGUCUUGAAUUUUCCAAAUUCACUUAAAUAUUUAGUACAGAGUUUUAUUCCUACAGUUAGGAGUAAAAUUGUCUUAUACAUUGCAACACUUUCACACAAACACUUGCGGUCACUAAGGGAAUUUUUUGUAACAUAUCAAGUAUAAAUAUUGUAUUUAUCUUUGAAAUUUUGUAUAUUGCUUUCCAUCAUUUCCUUUGAUCUCACAUGUAUCGUUUUUCAUGGUCGAAAUUGCGAUGAAGGUUUAGUCAAGAAUCAUCAUCUCCAUUCGAUGUUUUGUACCAAUAAAUCUGCGCAUUUCAUUUGUAAUUCAGAUUUAUUUUGUUUGUUUACGCCAUCAGACCUUCCGUCCAUUUUCGUUUGUUAGUUUGUUUAUUUGUUGUUUCGAGGAGCAGUCAAAACCAUGUUUAUUUUUAUAUUAAUUUUUAAGUUAUCUAAAAAAGUACUUUUUUGAAAGAAAACUGUUUGUUGUAUAGUCAAAUAAAUUGUUUGUGUCACCUGGCUGUAAUAAUAUUAGUAGAUAAAGUGCAUGUCGAGCCGCCCCGGGGGGGAAUCCAAUUGUGGUUGUAAAUUUUGUUUUUGUAGAAUGUAAAAAGUCAUUUUUACCUGCCACCAUGACUUUGCCACAUAACUGAACCAUGUUUACAGGGAUCAAGAAGGAAAUAAAAAAAGAAAAGAAAAGAAAAAAAUAUCUGCAAUGGAAAUAUACGUCAGUUACUAAUGUUUAUUAAAAUAUGUCAGAAAAAAGCUCUGUCAAAGGCUUUCCAGUGAAUCUCCUGAGAGGAACCUUUCUGCUGUUUUAAUGACAAACGUACACCACAGUGAAUAUCAUUAUUCCAUUCAGAUCAAUGGUGUAAAAAGCACAAACAUUUUUUACUAAAAUAAAAAAUAAUUAUUGUGACCCCUCAUCUUUUUGGACUAUUUUGUCAGCUUGUCUUUUUUUAACACAAAUUUUACCCUAUUCCCUCAAGAAAAAACAGCAUUCAAAGGGAUUGAAAAACAAAUUAAAAGUUAGAUUUUGUAUCAUAUAUGGUUAACAAAGAUGAAGAUGUUCUAUAUUGUAAAUGUCAUUUUGUAAGUAACUCAUGAUACCGUAGCAUAGCCAAAAUCAUCACUUUCUUACACUUUUUUUUUUUUUUUCUCUCAAUGACUGAUUUCUGAGUCAUGCCAAAAUCCGCAAAUUAAACCCAGCUUUCGUUUUGAGCUCUUUAUCUUUGCACUUCAGACUUUGUAAAUGUUGUAAUGUUCAGCAGUGUGCUACACUUUCUGUUUCAAACCAAAAGCGGAUGUUUCCUCUUGGCAAUCGGCACACAAGUUUCCUUUAGCUGCAGGAAGCAAAGGCAGCUGUAGAAGGAAAGAAAUGAUGAAUGAACAAUGUAUUUGCUUUGUGAUGGCUCAACAAAGCUCGGCAAAAUGGAGGAGCCGGAGAGGUCACCCUGAAAGUAAGAAAAACUCAAGGUUUUGUGAAGUGCAUUUGUGGAUUCAUCAUUUCUGCAAUCUGGUUUUGUUUUUUUAGUCUAAUUAAGUGUCAAUACUCAGAAGAAUUCACUAAACAAGAGCUCUGUAAGAACAAAUGCCUUUUAUUCUGGGACUUGUAUGUUUUUAGAUGAGUUGUUUUACGGCCACAUUUCUGAAUUUUAUUGUACAAAGUUGUUCAUUUUACAUAAUAUUUAAUUAAAGUAUUUCUUGUCUGUGA